GCGGGGCGCGGCUGAGGCGCGGCGGAUCGCGGCGGGCGGUGAGCCUUCCCCGGUGCGGCCGGGGUACUCCCGAUCCCCUGGAGCCAUGGGGGAGCCGCGGUACCUGCAGGCCGAGUGCGCGUUCCGGCCCGGGGCACACUCGGUGCGGGUGACCCUGAGCCGCUGCACGCUGCGGGUGGAGGUGGAGGCUCACGGCACCGCCGACCUGUGGAGGGGCGAGUUCGAUGCCGCCUUCAUCGAGGACCUGACCCGCAAAACGGGGAAUUUCAAGCAGUUUGGCAUUUUCUGCAGUAUGCUGGAGUCGGCACUCACACAGAGUAGCGACUCCGUCAGCCUGGAGCUCCUCACCUACACCGACUUGGAGACCCUGCAUAGCCGGAAAGUGGGGGCAGUCACCCGGCCUCUCCCUUCCACCUCUUCCUCCCUCAACACCAAGCGCUACCUCAUCCUCAUCUACUCUGUGGAGUUCGAUAGGAUCCAUUACCCACUGCCCCUGCCCUACGUGGGGCGGCCGGACCUUGCGGCAGUGGUGCGGGAGCUGCAGGAGCAGCUGGCGCAGCUCCGGGCCCGGCGCCUGGAGGAGACCCAGCACCUGCGGGACGCGCUGUGGCAGGCGCUGGAGGAGAAGCGGGCAGCAGAGGCCCGGCACCAGCGCGAGUACCGGCAGCUGGCUGCAGAGCUGACCCAGGCAAAGGCGUCGGAGCAGAGGCUGCAGCUGCGGGUGAAGAACCUGACAGCUGAACUGGCCUCCUGCAGGAGGGGCCGCCAGAAAUCUGCCAGCCCGGCCCCACGACCCAAGGAGCAACGCUCAGCAUCCCUGGAAAGCCACAGGAGCAGCCGGGGCCGCCCCUCGCCACAGUCCCUGUCACCUGCAGGCUCCCACCGACCACGCUUCGACCCCACUGCCUUUGUCAGGAACCGUCAGCGCCAGCAGAAGGAAGCUGAGCUCAGAAGCCAGCGGCAUGGAGUGGCUUCUGGCAGCGCCAGCCCAGCAAGGAGCCACAGGCGCAGCUCGUCUGCUGAAAGCUCCCGGAGCUGGCGCUUGGGAGGGAGCUCUGGCAGCAAAGCCAGUGAACGCCUUGAGCCCGUGCCCUGCAGGGACAGGAGAGUGACCCGUAAACGGAGACCCCUGAGCACCUCGUCCUGCAAUGGCCCCUGUGUGGUGCCUCACACAGCUGCCAGCCACAAGCUGCCAGCAUGCAGGACUGGUGGCAAGCGCCCUGGUAAAGAGAACCACUCCAAGGAGCACUCAGCUGAACUGGCUGAGAUUGACGCCCGGCUGCAGGCUCUGCAGGAGUACAUGGACAGCCUGAACACCCGCAUGUGACCCCCUCCAGGGACACACACCCUCUCCCUGUGUCCUCAGGGGGUGACAGUGGUGGUGUGGUACAAGUAUCCCCCCAAAUAAACCUUUGUGUGGC